CAAUUCUGUGUGAGUACAUUUGCUUACCAUUCCCAAUAUAUGAUGGAAAAUAUGAUCGUUACAUCACUGCUUUUGGGUUCAGUCCCAAGACUAACCAAUACAAGGUUAUACGGUUUUUUAUCCAACGGUUUGUCAAGUUUUUCGACCCCACCAUUAAAAACUUUGUCGCGUCCUUUUUCAACCCCUUAACUGAAGAGCUGGACGACUCUUUUGACCCCAUUACUGAGUUAAGGACUUCUCGCGAGGAGGCGAAAGCUAUAAUUUACACAAUUGGUGAAGGAUCGUGGAGAAACAUGGGGAGUGUUCCUUACUUUUUGACAAAUCACUCAUUCAAUUCUUUUGUGAAUGGAGCUCUUCAUUGGCUUAAUUUUGCGCGUGAUAGUCCCGACUUCAUUUGUUGUUUUGAUUUUGGGAGCGAGCAAUUUCGGGUUGUCCCUGAACCUCCUGAGUUUGGUCUGCAUAGGAAGGAACUUCCGGAUCAUAUACGAGUGGGUGUGCUGCGUGAUAGUCUUUCUAUUUGUGAUUUUUCUAACCCUCGUCGUAUCGAUAUAUGGUUAAUGAAAGAUUAUGGGAUUAAGGAGUCUUGGAGCAAAGAGUUGGUUAUUGAAAAUGGGAUUGGUAAGAGAGGGAAUUUGGACUGUCAUGAGCCAAUUAUGAUUCUAAAGAGUGGGGAAAUCUUGAUGCUUGUUAACAAGGAUGCUCUUGUGAUGUAUAAUCCUAAGUUAGGUAAAUUUAAGAAGCUAAGCACUUAUGGGAUCAGAUCAGAAUUUUAUGGGAUUGCUCAUACUCCGAGCUUUGUUUCCCUCCGGGAUGUUGCCAAAGGGGAAAGAGGUUCUUUUGUCUAUUAAGUAGCCAAUGCAGGAUGUGCAGAGGCUGAGGAGCGCGAAAGGAACUGAAGCUUUUUUCUUUACUGGGAGGAAGAACGAUAGAUUGUAGUGGUGCUUCAGAUAGUGAAAGUUCCGUUUUGGGUGAAUUAGUUAGUAGCUAUGCUUGCUGCUAUGCAAUGGCUAUUUUAAUUACCAUGCUUCUUGUUUUUCUUGCCUUUUGCUCUAGCUUUUUUUACUGUUUCAGCACAAACAAGAAUUGUUUAAGACUAUGAACUUUGGGAUUUAAGGAAUGGUUUGCAAAAGCUUUGUGAACUGAAGUUUGUUUGGGUUUAAUAAUAUGUUAUUGUUGAUGAUGCAAGUAGAAAAUAGGGGGAGUAGAGAAACUAAUUGCAAGUAGGAAAAAUUGG